GACGACGAAUCCCUCAUCGUGGACUGGGAAUCGAGUACCGACCCCCUAAACCCGAGGAAUUGGAGCACAGCCAAACGCUUAGGGGCUAUUUUGCAAGUUACUGCAAUUGCAGUUGUCGUAUGCUCUGCAGGCGCCAUCGAUGCGGCUGUGAUGCCACAAGCAGCCGAAGACCUUGGUGUCAGUGAAGUGGUCGAGACUCUAGCGACAGGAGUAUUUCUCGUAGGUUUCGGAACUGGAGGCCUGAUCGCAGCCCCGUUUUCAGAACUGUUUGGACGCAACGCCGUGUAUCUCGCAUCUCUUCCCGUCUUCUCACUAUGGACUAUGGGCGCAGCUCUCGCCCCGAAUAUUGGAGCUCAGCUGGUAUUUCGAUUUCUGGCGGCGUUUUCAGCAACUGCGCCUUUGACCUGCGUUGGUGGUACGAUCUCGGAUCUCUACGACAGCCUCGACAAGACAUGGGUCUUCCCGCUUUUCGCCAUUCCAGGAUUUGGCGCACCGGCACUUGGCCUCGUGAUAGGAUCUUACAUUGGACCAAAUACAAGCUGGCGUUGGACGGAAUGGUCUAUGUUGAUUGCCACGGGUAUUGUCAUGGCCCUGGUGUUCAUGUGCAUGCCGGAAACAUUUGGUCCACUGCUCCUCCAAUGGAAGG